AUGCCACCAACCACAUCCAAACCUGUCUUGUGGAACGAAGUGGCAGACUUACCUGAAAUCAACUCUCAUGAAGACCACACAAUCUACACAUGUCACAUAAACGCAUGGAAAACAGAGCACACAAAAGAACUCCUACAACAUAUCAAAAUUUGCAAUGACCUCACCACCGAUGAGCAUGCCCAAGUAGAAGCGCUAAUUAUUAAAUUUGCAGAUUGCUUCACACUAUCUAUCAGCAAAGUCUCCCCUGUACAUAAUGCCACGCACCAACUCAACCUUCCAACUGGAACAAAAAUCCCGUGGAAAGUGCACCAGCAACCACUGUUCAGUGAUAAACAAGACUACUUCUUCUCUCACAUCGAUCUUAUGCUGUAA